AUGCCAGAAAACCUCCAAACAAGACUACAUAACUCACUCGACGAGAUAUUGAAAUCAUCAGGAUACAUAUUUGAGGUAAUCGACCAAAACAGAAAGCAAAGCAAUGUGAUUACUAGCCCCAACAACGAACUAAUCCAAAAAUCCAUAACCCAACUGCUCAACGGCGAAAUCCAAAACUUCCAUGCUAUUCUAGACCAAACAGUGUCGAAACUCAAUGAUGCAGAGUGGUGUCUCGGCGUUAUGGUUGAAAAGAAAAAGAAACUUGACGAAUUGAAAGUCAAAGAAGAAGCGGCAAGAAAGAAACGUGAAGAGGAGGCCAAGAAAGCAGAGGAAAUCAAGAAGGCAGAGGAAGCAAAGAAGGCAGAAGCAGCAAAGAAGGCAGAAGCAGCAAAGAAAGCAGAGACCGCCCCACAAAAGUUUGACGACUUUGACGACUUUAUUGGCUUUGACAUCAACGGCAAUACCAACGGCGAAGACAUGUUGUCCAACAUGGACUACGAGGACCUAAAAUUGGACGACAAAGUACAUGCCACCACAGACAACAACUUGGACAUGAACAACAUACUUGAAAACGACGAGCUGAUACUAGACGGGUUGAACAUGACAUUGCUCGACAAUGGCGACCACGUAAACGAAGAGUUCGAUGUAGACAGCUUUUUAAACCAGUUUGGUAAUUAG